AUGUCACCUGCCGCAAUCAGCCAGACCGCUGUUACCUCACCUUCGCCGCCACAACAACCCCACACACCGACUUCGAAUGCUAUACCUGCAUCAAAACAUUUCGAUGACAUCUUCCACGCCAAGUUCAUGCACAUCAUCCAAGAAUGGAAGAAUGAUCCAUCUCGCGGCCAGCUAACUCAGAAGGAUCGAAAGACCUUUAUCGAGAAUGCCUUCUUUGAGACCGAUGAACUGUAUUUCGGCCGGCGUAUGAUGACUGAUCUUGAGAUCAAGCUUCGCGCCCUUACCAAGGUCUUCUACAAAGUCCUCGCAGAAGAACCCUGGUCCGAGGACUGGAUACGCGCUCCUGAUGUUGAGCGUAAGCUUUCCAAGUUUGAGAUGCACGAAGAUUCCGUAGCUCUCGCCAAGGAGUAUGGCUUUACCACACCUCGUGAGGCUGUCAAGGCGGCUCGCGAGGCUGGUAUCAAGAACGCCGAGACUUACAAAGAGGCUCAAAAGGAAGGCAAAACACUCAAGGACAUCAAACUCGAUCGGGGCCCGUUCGACGAUAUUGAGAUUGUCUACAUCGCCGGCACGGUCUCGUCAUCUGCUACAAGCAAGAUCGACCGUAGUAGCAUCUAUCCAGUUUCCGUAUCUUCAGUCGCCAAUGUCCUUCAGAACCAUAUCUGUAGGGACAUGGUUAGACCGUUCUCAAUGGCUGAGCGCUUUGUCAACUGCACCGACACCAAGGAACUAGAAGACAUGCGCCGCUUCGCAUGUAAUGUCUGCGAUUUUUGUCCUCAUCUUCUCGACAACGACAACGUCAGCCUUCUCGUUGUUCUGCUUAUCCUGUCGCGUUCUGACUGCUGUCGUCGCUUUGAGGCCAAUGGCAUUCGCAUUGAAGGUUCCACGAUUAGUCACCGCAAGGCUGAGUGCAUGAAGAACAAGAUGGGCUGGAAGACAUCCGAGGACAAGAAACCCUACGACAACUUCGCUCAAGAGUUCCAGACCCGUGUCAAGAAUGCUUGCUUCCCAGCUCCCCGAGCUCAGCGCAUCGGUGGUCGAAAGCCGCCGCGCAACUCUUCUGGCCCAGCGACUCCUCCAAUCUACGCCCAGCCUCAUAUGGGUUACGUCGCGCCUCCACAGGUUCGCACCGACCACGCAAAUACUGGCAUCAACGUUCCUGCUCCGUCUGCACAAAACAGUUUCGCGCAACCUGCUGUCCCAACAAUCAAGGACCAGCGUGGUCGCGAAUCAACUGGUGCCGGUAACAGUGCCGCCGAACCCAUGGAUCUUUCCUGA